GUCCGAGAUACAACAACCUCGUGUUUUGAUGGCGAAUCGUUAAACUUUGACGCCACACCACGGUCGCACCUUGUGACGAAAACUCAAAACUCUAAGUAGUAUUAAUCUCCAUGUUGUUAAGAUGGCACUCACUGAUUUUGUAGUUGAUCUGAUAAAAGCUCUAGGAGGAGUUUCUUUAAAAUAUACAACGUCUAAAAUGGCCAAAAUAGCUACUAAAUCCAAAAUGAAAAUCAAUAGGGCCUUUUCACAGUCGGUGCUCUGGCCCUAAAUAUGACAUUAAAGAAAUGUGGUCAUACGGUCUCUCUGUCUCUCUCUCCAUCCCUCCUCUCUCUCUCCCUCCCUCUUUCCCUCUCUCUCCCUCCCUCUUUCUCUCUAGCAGUGUCAGUGUGGGGGCGGAGCUACGGGAGCCUGGAGGUGUGUGUUUUCGCGGUGUGUUUUCGCGGAAAAAGCCCAUUCGGCGGAGAAUCGAACCCACGGACUGUCACCGACACACGGAGCCGAACCGGAGCCGCGCUACAAGCGAUAGAAUCCGUCGUUUGGGUCAAACAGCUGGAAACAUCUGGAGGUGCUGUGACAUGAGGAACCAGCUGCGGACCUGAGAGAGGACAGCCACUGACAUGGCCCACGUAGGCAACGGAGCGAGCGGAGAGGAGGAGGACUGUUUUGAAGAUGCCUACGACCGGAUACCUGCCGCGUGUCACAUGGACCUGCAGACAGCCAUCCAGGAGACUCAGUGUGCUCUCAACCUGGUGCUCAACAACAAGUUCUCUGAGGCCUUGGACCUCCUCAAACCAUGGUGGAAGAAAAGUAUGUACCAUGCGUUGGGAUACAGCAGCAUCCUGGUGAUGCAGGCGACCAUGACGUUUGAGCACAGAGACAUCCAGACCGCCAUGGGAACCAUCAAGGAGGCGUUACAGACCUGUCAGAGGUUCAGGAAGAAGAACUCAGUGGUUGGAUCUCUGUCCAGUCUGAUCAGCAAACAGUCCAACCUGCAAGAAGAGGAGAUGCACGCGGAGAUCUGCUACGCCGAGUGUCUCCUGCAGAAAGCCACGCUGACGUUUGUCCAGGAUGAAAACAUGAUCAGUUUUAUCAAAGGAGGCAUCAAGAUCCGAACCAGCUACCAAAUCUACAAAGACUGUCAGAACAUGCUGAAUGUCAAUCAGGACCUGGCCGCCCAGUCUGAUUCGUUCAGACAGUUUGAGGGCGGAGUCAAGCUCGGCAUCGGGUCCUUCAACCUGAUGUUGUCUCUCCUUCCUCAGAGGAUUUUGAGGUUGCUGGAGUUUAUUGGAUUCUCAGGAAACAGGGGCUUUGGUUUGUCUCAGUUGAGAGAGGGUGCCUCGGGUCACAGUCUGCGGGCGAUCCUCUCCGCUCUGACUCUGCUGUUCUACCACACAUACGUUUCUCUAAUACUUGGAACCGGGGAGGGGAACCUGGUGGAGGCUGAAGCUCUGUUGGAGCCGUACAAACACAAAUACCCCAAAGGAUCCAUUAUCCUCUUCUACUCUGCGCGCAUCUCCACACUGCGAGGGAACUUCGAGAAGGCCCGGGCCAGAUACGAGGAGUGUAUCAGCAGCCAGCAGGAGUGGAAGCAGAUCCACCAUCUUUGUUACUGGGAGCUGAUGUGGACCCACUCGUACCAGCAGGAGUGGCAGCAGGCGUACCACUACGCUGACCUGCUGUGCAAGGAGAGCCGCUGGUCCAAGGCCAUCUAUGUGUACCAGAAGGCCGCCAUCCUCAGUAUGAUGUCAGAGGAGGAAGUGAAGAAGACGGGGGAGGACGUUGUGGAGCUCUUCAGUCAGGUAGAGGGGCUGAAACAGCGCCUGGCAGGGAAAUCGAUCCCAACUGAGAAAUUUGCCGUGAGGAAGUCCAGACGCUACAAAGCUGCUCACCUCGUGCCUCUGGUCAUCCCGGCUCUGGAGAUGAUGUACGUUUGGAACGGUUUCACCAUCGUGGGAAAAAGACCCGACAGCACUGAGGCUCUACUGGUGACCAUCGAGGCGGCGGAGGAGCAGCUACUCAACAACCCCAACCCAUCAGAGUUUCAUCCAGACGACAGCUGCCUGGUCCAGAUGUUGAAGGGGCUCUGUCUGAAACAUCUGGGCAGGUUACUGCAGGCUGAGCUCUGCUUCACACAGGUCCUGUCCAGUGAGAGUCGCAUCAGAUAUGACCACUACCUGGUUCCCUUCACUCUCUAUGAGUUGGGUCUGUUGUAUAAACAACAAGGAGAUUUCACCAAGGCUACGUCGUACAUUGAAAAUGCCAAGAUGAACUACAAGGACUACUCCAUGGAGUCCAGACUGCACUUUAGGAUCCACGCGGCCCUCAGCAGCCUCAAAGGAUCACCAGUCGGCACCCCAUAAUACUCCUGACCGCUGAGUCCUGCAGCCGCAAACAUGAAUCCAGGGAUUCUCCACUCCGCUGUGGCCGCGUCUGAAUGAAGCAGCGACGUGUGUCGAGGUUUUCACAUGACCACAGGUUGUUUUUUUUAUUGCUUAUGAAAUGUUAUCUGUUAACUUAUUUAUUUUUUUGAAGAAUGAGGUUAUUUAAGUUUGUGCCUCCGACGUCCGUUUAGUAUCUCACAGAGGUUUUUAUCGGAUGUGCAGAUUCAUGGUUCUGUUGCUAGGAAACAAAUCACGGCCUUAAACUGAAGGUACAACUCACCUGAAGACCUUUCAGUGUUUUUAUGUGAAAUCAACACGAUGUAACUUUUUCUACCUUAAACCAGCAGCUUGAUUAAAGUGAGUUUGAUGGUUGAGUGACUGUGAACGUGGAGAAGGUUUCCUGCAGGGGGCGCUGUUGAUCUAGACAAGUUACAUAGUGUUGAUUUAAUAGAAGGGGGCAGGAACACAAAAGCUUUAUUGUUUUUUUUUUACUUUGCCUUUUUUAAAUCUCAAAUGAUGCCACAACUACACAUGAUACAUAAAUGAGUGUUUUUGUGGACACGUCAUCACAGCCUUCUCACCAACUGUGGCUUAUACACACACACACACACACACACACACACACACACACACACACACACACACACACACACACAACACACGCAAAUGGCUGUAAACACACACAUUUAGCAGCAGUAUAAAGGAAUCUGUGCUGUUACUGAGUCAAAUAACUUCUCACUCAUUUUCAGGGUCCAGGUGUAGUUUCAGUUUCAUCUCUCAGAGGCAGAGCAGCUUAUGAGGACGUUUAUUUAUUUAUUUUUCACUCCUGUAGAAAUGAAACAUGUCCGUGUGGCUCUUUGUUGACUGAAAGAAAAUAUUUUAUUCACAUGACUCAGUUCUGCCUUUGACAAAUGUUUGCUUCACUAAAACUACACUCGAUCCACAUUCACUCAACCUUCUGUCUACAAAGCUCAUGAAAGACAGAAGAUAGUCGUCGUCCUGUGUCGAGCUGCGAACGUUCCCACUGUUGUGGACGUACGGCGUCUGAUUAUAAACCGACUAGCCAAGGAAGACAAGGCCUAUUUCUAUUAAAUAAUAUAUAUAUAUAUAUGUUAAACAUCGUCAGUUUAUUUAUGUACUGAUGAAUAAAAGAAGCACAAUCUAUGAUAUCAAUCCCCAUCAUCCUGCAAAUGUGUGUUGGCUUCUUGUAGUUUGAUACUAUUUACCAUGAUGUACAUGUAAUAUAAUAAUAUGUAAUAUUAACACAAUGUUGUUGAAAAGAUACAGUGGUUUUGUAUUUGGUCGGUUUGGAGGAUGAACAGAUGGAAACGUUUUCAUGUCACUGCUGGAAAUCUGCUGUUUGAACCACGAGGACGUUCAUUUGGUGCAGUUGAACUAGUGUGGAGUACUGUGGAGUACUGUGGAGUACUGUGGAGUACUGUGGAGUACCGCGCCUGAAGGUGCUGCUGCUGGUUGUAAUACUAUAAUGUUGUUACCAAAUGAAGCGCUUCAGUCUUUUUUCAAUCAGAGUCAGGUACAGGGAGACGCAGCCCACGUAGACGAUGACGACAGGACGUACGUAAGUCAGACAAAAUUCCUUCGUGCGCUAAAGUACAACGUGAAACCAAAACCAACCAGAUCAAAUGAAACAAUGGAACAAACACGUGAAGCUUGGUUCAGACUCUCAGGUUAGAAAACGUCCUUAUUUGUAUAUUAGCUUCCAUUUUAAAGACUGGAACGAACGUGGAUUUGUUUCAACCCGGAGUUGAAUUCAACUUCAAUAAGUGCGACAGCGGCAACAAUUGGCCUUCUCCCUAUAAUGAAUGUAUCAACCUAAAGACCAAAUUAUAUGUGUGUCUUGAUGUCUUUUGUUUGUAUUUUGUGCCUUUUUGUGUUUUUGAGUGUAAGUUUUUUUCAUGUGCUCUGAAACUUUACUUCCAAAAAGUAAAAUUCACCAAAUGCAGUAAAUGUUCUGGAGUUUGUUACCGAUAAAGUCACAAAAAGUUCUUAAAAGAGUUGUGGCAAUAAUUCCUAUGAUGUUCCAUUAACUCCAGAUAUUAAACGAUGAAGACAGACACCAGAAUCCUCCACAGUGCAAUAACACGUGGAUUUAGUCGUGUGCAGUGUUAGCUGAUGGUUACGAGUUGUGCCUAAGAUUACUAGGAUUAUAUAGUAAUAACCCGGAGGCUGCGUAGUCUGAACCAAGAUGGCAAAACUUACUUAUUCUCACAUUGACCCAAAACAGAAUCACGUUACAAAUACUCUCCUUCAAUUCUUACCUCUCACGAUAAAGUAGUAAAGUAACUUUUAACAUUAGCAUGCAACACAGUGUGUUAACGUCAAAAUGUUAGCAUGUUACUCGCCCCAGUUCAUUGCUCGUGUUCAUUAACGCCUUCGAGUCACAAAACAAAUUUUCAGUCGAUCUUUUGAAAAAAACCAAAAGAAUCUUUUAGUAACGCCUCUUUUUUCUUUCUGCAAACAUUUUCAAUGCGGUUAAAAUUUAACGAUUUUGGUUUAUGCUAAUAUUUUAGCGUGACGCUUGAAAUCAGCAUCAUAUUGUGUUGCGUGCUGCCUCGACUCACAGUUCUUCAGGGACGACGCACCGGUGACGUAUGUUUCACACACAUUAGCUUUAAGUAAACUGAACAUCAAUAACCAAAAUCUUGGCGUCGUCCUAAUAAAGAAAUAUUCACUUUUCCCUGUUGCAACUUUUUUUCAUUGAAGGCUCAUGUGUCAUUUGUGCUCAUGUCAGUGCCUCUGAGUAUCUGUAAUGAAACUGUUGUUCUAAAAUGGCUUUUCUAUAUUCUCUCUGCAUGUUACUCUGAAAUAUAUUUAAUGCUUUUUUUUUUCUAAGAUGAAAAUUUAUUCUAUAGUGUACGUUUCACAGAAGGAAAUGAUAUUACAGGCUUUACGGUUACAGAUGAUGAUCCACAAGGUGCAAUAAAAUGAAAACGGUCUUUGUUCAUCGCUGA